CGGACGAGCUCCGUGUGAGAUGCAGAAGUAACUCCGACUUCGGGAGCGUUAUCAAGUGACUCGCGCUUCCUGCCUGCAGGAAACCAUAAAGUGCACAUUCUUUGCAUUGACGGGUGACCUCAUGGAGAACGCAGAUCUGGAGUGGGAUGGAAUGGCUUUCCAAUCUCCUCGACCUACUGGUGUUCCUGAUAAUGAUGAUUCAAUCAACACAUCAUCGGAAUCCUCCGAGUCAAUUUCAGAGAGACGUUCUCUCCUUGGGAAGGACAGCAAGCAGGUUGGAAACUAUGGGGCCCCAGAAAUCCCAGGAGAGCAACAGGAUGUGGUUGCUGAAAAUGGUGGGACAACUGAAGUGCAGCAUACACCCGGGGCAAUUGCUGCUGUCAUUAGUGUCCUACUCGUUGGUGUCUUUAUUUCAAACGCUGAUGGCAGUCUUGUCCUGGCCACAUACGGAAUCAUAUCAUCUGAAUUUGGUGCUUUCGGGGAUGCAAGUUGGCUGACGACCGGUUUUGCGCUGAGCGUAUGUGCAAUACAACCACUCACUGGCAAAUUGAGUGACAUCUUCGGUCGAAAGGGGGUGCUCCUCACCUCCUAUGUUCUCUUCAGUAUCGGGUGUGGUGUAGUGGGAGUUGCGUCGUCGAUGUCGCAUGUCAUUCUUGGUAGAGUUAUAAGUGGUUUGGGAGCAGCAGGAAUGACUGUCAUUGUCUCCAUUGUGAUCACUGAUCUUGUUCCUAUACGCCAGGUCGCUGCCUGGAGGAGUUAUGUCAACGUCUUCCACAUCUUUGGGCGAAGUGUUGGUGGACCCCUGGGCGGAUUUUUAGCUGAUACCGUUGGUUGGAGGUGGUCUUUUCUCGGCCAAGUACCUCUCACUUUCCUCGCUAUUUUGCUCGUGGCUAUCAAGCUCCCAGCUUCGGAAUCAGCAAAACCUCAACUUAAAGGCCAGCCAUCAAAACUUCGACGAGUUGACUUCAUUGGGUCUCUGUUAUUGGCUUCCACCAUGCUCUCGUUGCUUGGCUCUUUCAGCUUGGCAAGUGGAACCUUAUCGUGGUCACAUCCUCUCGUAAUUAGUCUCCUCCUGGGAUCCGUUCUCUUGGCAUUUCUGUUUAUCACAUACGAGCUUAAGGUACCAUUGGAGCCUGUAUUCCCGCCGACAUUGUUGAUCCAGAGGGAUGUUGCAACUCAAUACCUCAUCAUAGCAUUGCAAACUGCCGCACAGCUCUCAAUGAUGUUUUCCGUUCCCCUGUACUUCCGAGUUACGAAAAACAUCUCCAACGCCGAAGCUGGCUCCCAUCUUCUCCCUGCAGUGCUAAGCAACACAUUCGGCAGUCUCUUCACAGGGUUCAUAAUUCAACGAACAGGACGCUACAAGCUGCUCACAAUCUUGGCAUCAACUUGCGCCUCUGUUUCGUACGCAUUGUUGAUCAUUCGAUGGACUGGAAAUACUUCUUGGCUGGAGAGUUUGGAAAUCAUGCCAAGUGGUUUUGGUAUGGGCCUCGCCUUUUCCGCGACAUUCGUUGCUCUGCAAAGCAGUGUGAAGCGAGAGGAAAUUGCCAUUUCUACAGGAGGUUUGUACACCGCGUCUGCGAUCGGGAUGGUAGUUGGCAUUGCAGCUUCCAGUACUGUGCAGCUGGGUAGUCUUCGAGCUGUUCUUGAGGUGAACUUGAGGAAUAUCAGCGGAGCCAAAGAGGUGUUUGAGAUUUGCUCUGAUUUUGAGGUUCAUUUUUCUAACUUGGACCAGAUUAUUGCUGAAGUCAUUUCGAAUGUUUCCAGUGUUGCGAAGCUGGAUGAGCCAGUGAGACAGCUUGUGAUAGGGAGCUAUGUUAAAAGUCUAGAGUAUAGUCACAUGGUAUCACUGGGAUGUUCACUGAUUGCUCUGUUGAUCGCAUUUACGAUCCGGGAGCAUCCAUUGAAUUAGACUAUUAGAGACUUAUAUCCACUGGUAAACGGCUUAUUAUCCCUCAAAACUAAAGCAUAGAUUUCCAGACACUGUUAAUAAGAAGCAAAUGAAUAGAUGUGAAAAUAAAGCC